AUGCUUCUGAGGAGGUUCUAUAUCCAAGAGAAUGAAAAGGCUCCAGUGCCAAAAACGAAGAAAAGUAGAGAGCUCAAGACAGAGUUUAUGCCUCUUGAUUACUCGAAGUACAUUGCAUCAGAAGAAGAGUUUAUUGAGCUAUAUGGUGAAGACCAGUUAUUCAUCUAUCGAGCUUCACUCAGUGCGUCACAAGACAGUGCGAUAGCACAGCCAGACGAAGACGACGACUCAGAGCUGAGCGAGGAGUACGAUCUACACCCCAAGAAACGGAAAAUGUCCAUCGAAGUCAAGGGCAUAGAGCUUCCAGAGACAUAUGCAGUGAAAAUAUGA